ACGGACAAGUUGUUUGUUCCGAGCAAUACGUGUUUGAAGUGUCCAGUGCGAUUUUGGAGUUCUGUACCUUUGUGUCAAGACUUACAGGUUGUAAUUGCUUUUGCUUUAUUAAAUUUGUGAUUGUGCGUAAAACCGUCGAGUACGUUAAUUUUACUAGAACUUUAUUUUCAAGUACACGAUCAGCAAGCAGUAUUUGAAAACAUCAAAGAUGUCUCUCCUACCAUACUUGUUAGAAGAGCUCUCACGCCCCACAGUGUACGAUCAACAUUUUGGUUUGGGUCUAUUCGAUGAUGACAUGAUUAUGCCACGCAAUGCUCUCUACCAGAAUCUUGUGCCUUCGUUGUCGAGACCUUAUCUAAGACCAUGGAGACUUGUUGCUGCACCAGAAAGCGGUCUGUCGUGUGUUUCAAACAACAAUAAUGAGUUUAAAGUAAAUUUGGACGUUCAGCAGUUCAAGCCAGAAGAAGUAUCCGUCAAGGUAGUAGACGACUAUGUGGUGAUAGAUGGCAAACACGAGGAACGCAGUGAUGAACACGGUUACAUUUCUCGCCAGUUUACUCGUCGCUACAAGGUUCCCGAUAACGUCGACCCAAAUGCCAUAACAUCAAACUUGUCUUCAGACGGUGUACUCAGUAUUGUUGCACCCAAAAAGAUGAUCGAAAACAACAAGGAAGCAAGAUCAGUUCCAAUCGUGCAAACUAAUCAACCCAGCAUCAAGGAGGCUCCUAAGAAAGGAAAAGAUGGCACUGAAAAGAUGGAAUCAUAAUUUUUAAUGCUUAAAUUAUUUUAAUGUUUAAUAAUCAGGACUGAAUAUGAGUUAUUACAGGUCAUAAAUAAUUUUUAUUUUUCAUUUUAACUCUUAGAUAUAAAUUUCAUAAAUGUUAAAAACUAAAAAAAUAACGGUAGUUCCUUUUUUGUUCUCAAGAUGUAAAUCGUGUUAUUUAAUAAUGUACUUUGUAUUCUAUAAAAGAUAAAUAAAUGUUUAAUAAGUAAUAACUUA